UGGUGGGGUCGUGCCCACAAUCAGGAAUGAGGGGGAGACCCCUCACUCCGCAGGCCCGGCUGGCACAAGCAGCGCGAACGAGGAAUCAAGCCAAGGCCAGUACCAGCCAAGAGCCUCCAAGGAGGGAACACGAACCAGGGAAAAGGAAAGAGGCUGUGGAAGUAGAGGACGACGAUGAUGAAGAGGAAGAGGACGAGAGGCUGCGCAGAGAAGAGGAUCAGAGAGCGGAGCAGCGGGCAAGGAAAAAGGGAAGCAGGGGAGAGGCCGAACCGGUCAUACAUGACGGACCGCCCAAAAAGAAGAAAUACGUGGACCGGUUGGAAGAGAGAUUUGACGUAGAGAAGGUGAUUGACUGGCUGCUGGAAGGGCAUAAUGACCUCAUGACCCUGAAGGAAAUCCUAGCGUCAGCCCCGCGACUUCGCGAUGAACUGAAGGGGAGGUUAUCACGGCGCCUGGUGCCCAAUGUCCAUCUGGGUACGAUCCUGCCCAAGGAGGCAGAGUGGGCAGAGUCAAGUACGAAGAUGGACUGGAAGUGCGUAGCCUGCGGUACGGUGGAUUUGAUGGUGAAGGGUUCCAAGUGCGCAGCAACGGUGGACACCGGGGCAGAGAUGAACAUUAUUCGGGAGGCGGACGCGAUCAGAUUCGGGCUGGAUAUAGACCGUUCUGACUGCGGUACUCUGCAUGGAGCCAGCUGUAAGGCCAUGUUUUGCGGGACAGCCUCGAAUGUGCUCGUCGAGGUUAGAAAGAUAGGAGCGAUAGAAGAAAGGAUCCAGGAGGCGUCUGACCAGGUGGCGAGAAGUCGUAUGGACGAUAAGGCUCGAUGGGAUCAAUCUGCGCGGGUGAGGAAAGUACCCUUGGCAGUUGGAGAUGCCGUGCUUCUCUACGAUUCAUCACUGGAGAAGCAAUGGUCCAGGAAGCUCGAUAAGAGGUGGUUAGGUCUCUACCGGAUCAUAAGGAUCGGAGACUUCGGAGCGUAUCAGAUAGAGGAGCUAAAUGGGACUGAGUGGAAGGAUUGGGUAUCUGGAACGCGACUGAAGAAAUUUGUGGCGAGAGAAGAGGUACCACAAGAGGAGGUGCCACGAGAGGAGGUGCCACGUGAGGAGGCACCACGAGAGGAGGUGCCACGAGAGGAGGCGCAAGGUACUCAGCAAGAGAGCAGGCUAGGCGACAUGGGGAGACGUGCAGGGAAGAAAGUGAUAGAGGUUGGAGAGGACACACCCCCACAGGCGCCAGCAAUGGGUUUGAGACUCGGGGAUGCACCAGGGAGCGCUCGUCAGGCAGAGGAGAGAUUGUGGAGAGAGGAGGCCCCACUUCUUUCAUCAGAGAGGGCUCCAUCGCCAGAGGGGAGAGCUGGCAGGAGGAGAGAAAGGGCAGCUGUAAGGAGGGAAGCCUUGACCCUGAUUGAUAGGCACCUAGCAGCUUAUGCCCUGGAGCAUCCAGACUUGGAGGAGCCAGCACCCGCAGAGCCGCGUCAGGAGCCGUACCAACCCGAGAAGGAGAUGGAAGCAGAAAUCCCGAAGAGGGUCGACCUCCGCACGAGGGAAAGGGCGCCAGCUGGAGAGACGGCUGAAGAAAAGAAGGCGAGAAGAACUAGACGGAUAAAUGAGAUAUGGCAGGAGAGGCAGAGGUUGGAGGCAGCGGGGGAGCUUUCGGAGCAGCAACAGGAGAGGCAAAGAUGGGAGGCAGCAGGAGCACUCCCAGGUCAGCCACCCAGCGCGCCAACUAGGGCCCCGGAGAUUCAUAAGAUGUGGAGAGACUUCUGGGAGCAGAGAGGAGAGGAACUUCCAUUGCCAGUCAGAGCCGGGUUUGGGGUGGCCAGGAAGGCGGAAGAGAGGUUAGAUCGUAAAAUCAAGUUCCUGGCCAAGACCACUUUUGACCGGCACUUGUUACUGGAGGGCGAUCUGACAGGGAAGAAGAUGAAGGAAGCAAGCCAUGGAGUACGCCUGGAGGCUAUGGAGAUGGAAAUUCAGGAACUCAGGGCCUUGGUGGCCAGCCAGACAGCUAUCAUCGAGAGCUUGAGGCAGCAAACCCAGGGAAGGGUGGACAGGCCAGAGAGCUGCAGGCAGGGAGAGCAGAGGCAGCCAGGACAGGGAUUGCCAGGACAACCAUCUGCAGCAGAGCCUCGCCAGGAGCCACCUAUGGGGAGAGUUAUCCUGGAGCCAGAGGAGGCGAGAGCCCAGAGACAAGCAGAGAGAGAGGCGUUCGAGUUUAGAGCCCCUACUAAGCUCGCGACGCUGCCAGUGGCGGCGGCAGGCCCAGUCGUACCUUUGGCAGUAGAGGAGGGGCUGCCACUAUCUAGCAGUGAGCCGGCUCAGGGCUCAGCAGAGGGAUCCAUGGGCGUGCUCCUUGAGGUGGUGCAUACUAUGCAGGAGGAGGUGAGUUUGUUUUCACCUGAGCAGAGGAUAGAGGAGCCUCUUGAGAGAGAGAUAGGGAUUGAGGCGGAGAGUGCCAUCGAGAGCAGGCUCCAGAGGAUAGGCACGCCUAAGUAUGGGCCAGAGGGGAUUGAGGAACAUCCCAUAGCAGUGCCAGGAGACACACUCGAGAAGAAACCUCAGAGGUUGGACACACCUGAGUACGUCCCGGUGACAGGGGAUUUGAGGAACAGACUGGGGUUUUGGGCUACAGGAUCUGGGUCUGGGAGACCGGUUCCUGGGACAGAGCAGCAGGAGGUCGUUAGUACCGCAGCUCCUCAAUCAGAGCAGCAGGGGGUUGUCAGUACCUUGGCAGGAUCUCCUUCAUCACCACCUCCUCAGCCCAGGAAGAAGAAGUUCAGGAGGAAGGUUGAUCAGUUAUGUUUCUACUGCAAGAGGAGUGUGCAUCAUGCUCUGGGCUGUCUCGAGUUCCUUGAGGAUAAGGCAGCAGGGAAGGUCUCAGAGGCAGGGGGUAGGAUAGUAGAGAAGUCCGCAGAUGGACUUAGGACUCAGUUAUAUAGGCAAAACCAGGAGGAAUUGAGGAGAUAGUGUCGGUUUGUCUAUAUAGGUGGGCGAGUAUCUUGUAA